UCGAUUAGCAGCAGGAAAUAGAGUGAUACUAUCGCAAAAGUUACUGAGUAUGAGACACGUUCAAACUAUAACAAAUAGGAGGACAAAUUAGAACGUCGAAGUACCGCGGCUACUACCCACCCAUGGUAGGAUGAUAGAGGAUUAGUAAUAGGUAGGCAACUGAUUGAACAUCGGUGCAUCCCAGAUUACUGCCAGCCUUACUAUCUGAUAGUCAUUUGGUGCUGCGAUUUGUGGAGUGUCAAAGAAAAAACGGAACUUCAGCAGCAAUGGAAAAUUGUUUUACUUGGGAUGGAACAAAACCCUGUGGAAACCCUUUCCGUUUUAAUCCGCCGCCUAGCCGUAGACCUUUGAUGAGUGAAACUUGCCGCACACUGUUUUGCAUCCUAUCCAGCUGCUCCACCCGUUCAGAGUUGCAACAUUCCCAACAAAUACAAGGAAAUGGUACUACUACUACUAAGGAAUUGGUUGAUCAACAUUUGGAGGCUGAAAUUAAGUUAGUUGAUGCUACUGAUGAUGACAAGAACAACGGUCAUGCCAUUUGGCAGGACCUAGGUGAUAUCAUCGAUGCACAAAUGAUGGAUUGUAUAGAUUCGUUGGAUCAAAUUGAAGAUUCAACAGAAUGUGACGCGCAAGCCCCUCAAGAGAAUGAUGCUAACAAUGGGGUAGUGAGUUCAGUCUCUCUGGUGGACACCAAGCAAGACAGUACUCUUGAUUUUCAGUUGGAUGGUGAGGAAGCAGAGAAAUCAAACAUCCGAGACUUGCCAGCAGGGGAAUCUGAUUUUGAAAAACCGCAAAAAAUGGAUACAGAAAUCUCUAUUGGAGAAGCUUGUGUGACUAGAGGAUCAUGUUUACAUAUAGAGACUGAAUCGUCACAGCUUGUUCAGAUUGAUCAAGAGAAAAAUGAUAUUGAGGAGAAUGAUGUGUUGGGAGAUACGGAACAUGGAUUGCAACUUAAAGAGUUGGAACUGCAAAACUUGAUUUCUCCUUCCGGACCCUUAACCUUAUCAGUUAGUGAAGAGGUUGAAGAAGGACAAAUUUCUGGAGAUGAUGAGGUAAAUUAUCAAGAGAAUGGUGCUAACAAUGGGAUAGUGAGUUCAGUCUCUUUGGUGGACACCAAGCAAGACAGUACUCUUGAUUUUCAGUUGGAUGGUGAGGAAGCAGAGAAAUCAAACAUCCGAGACUUGCCAGCAGGGGAAUCUGAUUUUGAAAAACUGCAAAAAAUGGAUACAGAAAUCUCUAUUGGAGAAGCUUGUGCGACUACAGGAUCAUGUUUACAUAUAGAGUCUGAAUCGUCACAGCUUGUUCAGAGUGAUCAAGAGAAAAACGAUAUUGAGGAGAAUGAUGUGUUGGGAGAUACGGAACAUGGAUUGCAACUUAAAGAGUUGGAACUGCAAAACUUGAUUUCUCCUUCCGGACCCUCAAACUUAUCAGUUAGUGAAGAGGUUGAAGAAGGACAAAUUUCUGGAGAUGAUGAGGUAAAUUAUUAUGAACCUGACGAUUGCAUGAUUUUUGAAGAGGCAGUUUCACUCGAACAGGAGAUUGCUCGUGUGUGUACCACAGCUAUUAAAGAACCAACUCAUGAUGUUCGGGAUACUAAACCUCAGGAAAAGGAUGUUCUAACUUCAGUUUGUAAUGAAUCUAAGAAGUGUAUUCGAGAAUUUUCAAAAAAGGUGGAGGAGAAUGACUUUGAAACUGUUGAAUGCAAGAAUGGUGCUGAGAAAGUUUAUUUUUCAUUUGAUAAUGUUAUAGAGAGGGACAUAGUUACUAAUCAAAUAGAAGGUGCUAAGAAGGUAGAUGGAUCCGCUGUUUUUUAUCCCUUGAAGACAUCAACCUCAGAAUAUGCUACUGAAAAACAAGGUUUUGUUACUAAGACAAAGGAUACAAAUAAAAUGACAAAGAAAAACGUCAGAGGGCCUAUUACUGAGGAGAGGAAGGCAAAGCGAAAGGUCAAAAAGAAGAUUAAGCAAGCUGAAAAGAACAGAAAGUUAGGAGUAAAAAGAUUAAAGCUGCCGCCACCAAUUAUGAAGCCAAAAAAAGUGUCAUAUUGCCACCAUUAUCUGAAAGGAAGGUGCCACGAGGGGGAGAAGUGCAAUUUCUCUCACGAUACAAUUCCAUUGACCAAAUCAACGCCUUGUUGCCAUUUUGCACGCAAUUCUUGCAUGAAAGGGGACAAUUGCCCUUAUGAUCAUCAGCUCUCCAAAUAUCCCUGCAAUAAUUUUGCUUCCAUGGGUUUUUGCAGCAGAGGAGCCAAGUGUUUGUUCUCACACGACGUGCCAGCUAAGACAGAAUCCUCAAAGACUCCUGCCUCCGCGGCUCAUUUGGGCUCACCUUUGCUUCCAUGUAGUUUAAGCCCAAAGAUGCAAGUCAGUGCUAAUGGCAGUAGCCCUCAGCUACAUCUGGGUGAGCCCAUGCAAAAGCUUGCUUUUCAGACACCAAACGGUGUCAGCUUUAUUACUCGUGGGAAGUCAUCAUUGGUGAAGGAGAGUGGUUCUGGAAAAUUUACUCAAAAGGAGAUUCUCUCCAACUCAGUCAUUGCCCAAAAGCCAAAUGAUGUUAUGAAGGAGAGAUCACCUGCAGGUAUACCAAAUGGUGUGAACUUCCUUUGCUUUGGAGGAGCUACUUUGAAUGAUUCCACUCCUAAUACAAACUCAAACAUGCUUAACAGAGAUGGUGAAAGUAAGAGUGGUGGUAUAUGUAGAAUUGAGACGAGAACUGAAGCCCACCUCAAACCUACGCCUCGAGGAAUUAGCUUGCUCUCAUUUGGAAAAGCAUCAUCAGAUGGCUCCACUUCAAAAGACCAAUCUAUCCUUUGUAGUAAAGAGCCCAAUAUUGCCACCCCCGUGGCUCCUCAUGAGAGACAAAAUUUGCUUAGGAGACUUGAUGACUCCAGGAACAUGCAGUUUAAGUUGUUAUCUUCUCCACCUCUAUCCAAUCAGCUCUAUGGUCAAUCCACAGCGGGGAAUAGUUUUGGUCUGCCCAACUCAACAUUCUUGGCAAGCAUGCUAGGCUCAGCACAAAAGGCCAUCCAAUCAACUUUAGCAUUCUCAGCUAAGAUCGAGCCUGGGAUCAAGUUAGAUCAAUCAAUUGGUGCAUCUGUUGUAACUCCCCAAGUUAUAGAGCACCAAUGAGGUUUCAAAAAGGGUACUAUUCAGAUGCUAUCAACAAUUUCUGGAGUUGUUUAAUGAUGAGGAAAGCAAAGUGUUGCUUGCCUUUCCCUUAGUGAACAUGCAUGAAUUGUCCUUGCGUUUGUUAGUAAUGUUCAAUUUAAGAUGCAAUAUUGCACCCGGAGAAGAGUGGGAAGGAUAAACAUAAGGUUAUCAUGAACUCAGUGUUGUGGUUCAUGUAUCACUAAAAUCAGGAAAGAGAAGAAAAUGCCUCAACAAUGGUUUACCAGUCAUUCAACAUUUAUUGAAUAUCUGAAACUCUUGUAUUAUGGCAGAUGCAGAUCUAUUCUCCAACUUUAAAUCUGCCAACAUAAUGGCAGAUUUAUUCCGCCUGAGUUGUGACGAUGGUUGUGGUGCUCAGAGGAUGACGGCCGGCGGCGGUGGAUGCCGGCGGCAUGGAUGGUGACGCCGGUGUGGGAAGCGACAGCGGCAAGGGGCGGACGAUUGGUGGCAAUGGUGCGCCGGCAAUGAUGCGACAGCAGGCGGCGAGCGCGGUGACAGGCGGUGCAUUCGCCGGGAAGGGAGGCGACAGGCGGCGCCGGCGAGGGGGGAGGCAGGAUGUGCCGGCGGGUGAUUUGGCUCUGGCUGCGGCAGUUUAAUUUCUAGGGUUUCAAUAGUUUUAAAUUUUAAAUUUUAAAAUUUAAAAUAUUAAAAGUGGGGUAUUUUUGUCCAACUGCUCUGAAAAUGGUCCUAUGAAACUUGUGAUUCGUUUAUAGUCCUAAAUGAGCAAUUAACUUUGCUAUUAGUCCUAUUUUAGGCAUUAACUCUAAAUAAAAUUUUGAUUUUGGAAAUUUCAGAUGAAGAGCCAAAUUUCUAUGAACAAAAAAGUGAUAGGAAAUAUUUGAGUUUGAAUUUUUAUAUAUUUAACAAUUUUGAUUGGUUUUGAAUAUGAGAAUGCCACAACUAUUAUGUAUUAGAAAAAAGACACUUUUGGAAUUUGAGAGUGUUUGGUUAUUAGAAAAAAAUGUCACUUUUGUGGCAUUAUAUGUAUAAAGACCGCAAUAUUUUUUUUGGCUUGUUUGUCAAAUGAUAUCAGUUUUAUAACACUAAACGUAUAAAUAUGUCAUUUUUUUUUACUCCAGGGGGUCUCUGGGGGGCUGAAGUAAUCAUGGUUGAAACUCACUUCAUUGAGUUUCGAACCCUUAUGUGCCUAGCGGGUUUCGAACUCGAGACCUCUCACUAGGCACAGUAACCUCACAACCAGCUGGGCUGGAAUGCUUGGUUUAAAUGUCAUUUUUAAUAUGAUGAGUACACUAAUUCACUUUGAAAAUGCCACAAUUAUGAUUCUAAAAAUGCUUUUAUUUUUCAUCUAAAAAUUAUACCGUAGUAUAUUUUUACACCUGAAGUUGUCAUAUUUUAUAUGAAAAAUGUCAUUGUUAUGUCCAUAUUAUUAUGAAGAUGACGUUGUCGCUGGAGGUGUGCUGUGAUUUGAUGGAGGGCAUCGGCUUCGUUGGAGGGUGGCAGCGGGCAGCGGCUUCAUCUGAGGAUGGCGAAGGCGACAACGGAGUUGAUGAGGCCAGCCUAGUCCAUAUGAUGAAGACCUGUCCCGACAUCAUCGAAUUAGCCUUUACAAAGCCUAGAAGAGUUGAUUUGGUUUCAUCAAGGUCAAAUUUGUCAUGUUCGUACACUUUAGUCGUAUAAAACAUACAAGUCCUCUUUGUGUACUUUUACCUUUUUUUUAAUUCCUAUUUAGAGACUUCUCUUUGUACACUUUUGUAUUUAACAUUUUUUAUUUUUCUAAACGCGCCAGAAAAAAUUAAAUUAUGUACAGAAAGUAUGUUAGGAGUAGUUUGAUUAACAUGAUUAUAAA